GAGUUAUAUGUCUAUACAAUUCACUGUACGUUGUCGCACCAAUUUGACAUUCACCAGCCUAACCAAAGUGACGUUUUAGGUCUUUGAGAGUACAGAACAGGGGUACAAGCUCCAAAAUGGCGUGUCUUUCAAAGCUCUAUACUCAUCCCCAUCUCGGCUGCCGCGGUGCGACCGGUGCCCACUUGCUGAGCACUGGCCGAGUAUUGGAAUGUUCGUCAAGCGAUCCUCGGCUUGUGUUACCAGUGGAACACCAUAGUUUCCAAAAACAGCUCCAGGGACUAGUCAAGGACUUGCUGAUAGAUGCCGAGUCAAAAGAGGAUGGCCGCCACAAGUUUUGGAUUGAAAACAAACAAUUCGCUAUAGACAUUGCGCAAUCAAUGCAUGGUUUGUUUCAAAGAAUCUGCGAAGGCGAACACUCCCUACGGGCCAAGAUAGAGCCGCUACAAGCUGGUUUCGACCAGGUCUCGAGUAAAACAUCAACCAAUCUUGCAGGGUCCACUAUCGCCAACUCAGCUCAGAUCGGAGGCAAAAGAGCCCACCCGUCAUUCGGAGACAUUGACUCUGGCGUGGAGCCAGGGUCUGGUGCUCCCUCAAUAAAGAAGCGACGGACCCGGGGUGCUCUCUCGUCGCAGGGUUUUGCCUGCCACUUCUACAAGCACAAUCCUGCUAUGCAUAUCGCGUGUCUGGGGUUCCACUGCAAGAAGCUAAAAGACGAAAACCAGCACCUCACACGAGAGCAUCAGGCACCGAGAUUCUACUGUCCAGUCUGCGGUGACACAUUCCAGACGCAUGCCACUUCAGAUGCACACAUUACUGAGCGGACCUGCCAACGCCGCGUUUUCAAUUUUCAGGGUGUGACCUUGGAACAAGCGCAGCGGAUUUCAAGCAUCAUGAAAUCCCGUGGAAGUGAUGAACUUCGUUGGUUUUUGGUGUGGGACGUGCUGUUUCCAGGUGUGGACAGGCCUACUUCGCCCUAUCGCACCGAUCUCACGACAGAGGUGACAUGGGAUCUUCACAAAUACUACCAAUCAGACGAGCGACGAGCCAUUGUUGAGCAUGGGCUUCGAGGUCUCCCCCUUGCCGACUAUGUGCAGGACGGAGUCGACGUAGUGCUCGAUAUCUUUGAUAGUAUCCUGGAGCAAUAUCGCGCGUACGCUCAAGCGCAGCGGUCAGCUCUUGAGGAUGCAGGUUCGGGUGCUGGCGUCAGGUCCGGGCUAUAUGUAACUCCUUCUCUUCUGGGACAACAAGAACCAGACCCUGUGCCGUUGCCAUCCUCCAUCGACAUACAAAGAUGGAUGCUGGGUUCGGAUGCGCUACCUCUCAGUGGCGGCACGGCCUUGGCGACGAUCCACGCUGCCAACUCUGGAUUGGUGCAGCCAGAGGAAGAAGAUGUCGACUUUGACCAAUAUAUUGACAACCAAGAUGACGGCUAGAGUUAUCACAGUUCUUUGACGAAGAAGGAGAGCUAGCGACAAGCCAUCGACUGAUUCUUUCGUCAGCACGUGCCUGACCCCGCAGCUUGGGGGCUGACCACGUCACGCGCGCGGAUGGGUCAAAUGGAAGGAAGACAUCACAGUGCUUAGGUAUAGCGCUCGAUUCGUCAUGUACUAAAUUCCUAUGCCCAUGAGCAUACACGAUAAUGCCCUUUAAUCACAGGGCGCGCUUGGCCCAAUGGAGCGAUUAGCGAUAUGUUCGGCUUGCGUCUAAAUGAGUUCCACCACACUAUCCAUCCAGUCACCUGCGGCGUCGUUUGCAGAAUCUGACAUCCCCCGCCUCAACUAUACGGGCAACCACAUGGACGCCAAGCCCAUGUGAGUUCGUCGCCGGUA